UAACCUAGUAAGGUACCUACAUAGCUGCUUCUGUAAAACCCCCUGAACGAAACCCCUGCACUGGAGAAAACGUCGGACCGUUGAAGCCUGAAGGUCCACUAUAAUCUAUCAGUGAUCUAAGGCCGGUGUUAAUCAAAUGCUUAGAGCUUCAAGGGGAAUAAAGGUAACAUGUAGCUACAUGUUUCUUAUGUUGAAAACGAAUCGCCCUUGAAGCAGAGACCGAUCAACCCAAACUAUCUCACUUUUGUAAUCCCCCCCCCCAGGUGUCUCAUUUUGUUGAAUAGAAAGAAAAGAAAGGGGAAGAAAAGUCUUGGUGACAUUUCAAGCCAGCGAUCGCCUUUCUCCAAACGCGGUUCACCUAAAAUUCGACCUUAAGACGCGUUCUAAGGGUCUAAUAGUGAUCGCAACCUCAACCCCGUUACGUUAAGGGCAGUCUUAGACGCAAAUAGGUCUCCCCCAAUGCUACCACCAAUCGACCGAAAUCAAACAUGACGGCCAAUUCGAACCGGUUCUCCACGUAUACGAGUACCUCAGUCGGUACCGGUUCGGAGGGAAAGAAGGAUGACCAAAAAAGGGACAUGUGGAGCUCUAUGCUCGACUCCGUCGCCAGCGGCAAGAGGUUACCUGAGAAGAACUUACUGGUUCUUGGGGGUUCCGUAGAUUCGCAACGAGACUUCCUCGAAGCCCUAUCGAGUAACGACGGCCGGAAAGGUAUAGAUCGGAAUAGUCAAAAGAUCCCCCCGAUAGCCAAUAGUUUCGCCCUUGGAUAUACAUAUUACAAUGUCUUAGACGCAGAUCAGGAGGACUUUCUAGCACGCAUAUCACUUUACCUCCUUACUAGUCCAUCUCCCUCCUUUACUGAGCUCAUCAAACCGCUUUUGACUCCGCAAUCCAUCGCAAAUACAUUAAUAGUAAUACUGCUCGACUGGUCCCAACCUUGGCUAUGGAUGCGACAACUUCGAGAGUGGUUGCUGCUGUUGCGAACCGUCAUAAUGUCCCUCAGUUCCGAGUGCAAGGAGACGAUGGAGGAGGUAAUGAUCAGCUGGAGAGACCGUGGGCGAACAGGUGGAUCCGUGAAUCUAGAUGGCACCGGCGCAGUUGCGGCAGAAGGGGACGUCGCACUACCGCUCGGGCCAGGAGAGUGGGAAGACGCUCUAGGCUUACCACUCUGCGUUGUAUGCCAGAAUUCUGAAAGAAUAGACUACUUGGAAAAGACACAAGCGUGGAAAGAGGAAAAAUUCGAUCUCGUGCUUCAAUAUCUAAGAACGGUGUUAUUAAGACACGGUGCUUCUCUUAUUUACACAACACCAUCGAUGGCCUCGCCGCUGCAAAGUCUUAUUCACGCCAGUCUUGGAAUACACUCGUUACUGAAGCGCGGCUCCUUAAAAGCUAACGUCAUUGACCGAGACAAGAUUGUAGUACCCCCUAACGGGGACUCCUGGGGUAAAAUUCGAGUAUUACGAGAUGGUUUCGACGUGGAAACGGUUAGCGAAGGUUGGUCGAUAGACCUCGACCAACCUUUUCCCACAACAAAGACAAACGAGACAAACGAUGCUAGCCACCAAGUAGGUGGUGACACAAGCGAAACGAGUGAGCCCGAAGGAUCUUCCGUCGCACUCUACGAAGAGCAAGUCCAAGACACAAGUCUGGAUGCCUUACAGUUAGCUCAAGGGAACCAAGAUACGAGCAAAUUGGAAGUGCCCUCAGUCGACACGCAAGCCUUCCUUGCCAAUCAGUUAGAGCGACUUGAUCAGCAGAAGAAGAUAGACGAGAAGACUGGUAAAGUUAACAACAACACAUUCGCACGAGAAAACCCCGAUGAUAUGAUCAGCGAUCAUAUUGGUCCAGUGCAGUUUAAUAUGGGUGGUAUUCAAGUGGAUGCCGACGAUAUGGUACAGCGGCUUAAGGACCGUCAAGCCUACGGACAAUCCCCUGAAGCCCGCCCGGAUGAAGAGUCUCGGAUUGAGGAAGGAGGAACACAAGUAGAUACGGAUACGUUAGCCAAGUUCUUCGGCAAUCUAAUGAAUAGAAAGCCAACAGCUGGCGGAAGUGUAAGUAAAUGAUGACGACGCUACGGGGUGCAACACGAUAAAGGUUCAUGACCGAGUUGCACGUAGCUAGCAGUAACGA